CAUUUAAUAUUACAUAUGUGUCAACAUCAAUAAUGAUGAGAUGAAGACUGGAGUAGAAGAGCAUGAUAGAUUCAACGUAUUUUUAUAAAAUCAAGACUGGACCAUGUCCUUGCAGUAGCCGGUAGAGGGUUGGUGUGACAGAGUAAAGUAUCCAGAUGGAUUCCAUAAUGGCCCUGGGCACCAUCUUCAAGAAGGCAACUUCUAUACUGGGCUUGGGCUCUGAACAUCUGAAGCCGCCCCCGCUAGAUGGAGAAAUCAUCUACUGCAAGAACAAUGUCUGUGUUCAUCCCCCGGCCACCCUGGCGGUGGACUCUGAGGAGCACCACCCAGGAUACCUGACCCUAAGGUCACAAAACGAUGAUGAUAAAAAUGGACCAACCUUAAUUUUAACAUGGAUUCCAAAUUCCUCUUUAAAAAAGAACCCCAAGAGCAUUGAGAGUCCCAACAGAUCUUAUGCAACAACACCAAGCCCAAAGCGAACCCCGAGGCAGGAGUUUGCUCGCAAGCAAAUCACCACCCCCUCCCCGAGCAGUUCUCCGCGGGGGUCCUGUGUAUCAAUGGGUAGUGAUGCCUGUGAACAGUAUUAUAUGGACAAAGCUCCUGUGAAAAACAAGAAGAAACAGAGCAUAGAUAACUCAAGCAUGAAUUCAGAACUUUCCUUGGGCUCACGGGAGGACUGUUUGGAUAGCUGGUCCCAAGUAGAGGAAAUCAACAGGAAGUCUAGCACGAGUAAUAAAUCACAAACCGAUUCCGGCAUCGAUACGGAGGAUGUGGUGCAGAAUAAUGAGAAAAAUGUCCCUAAAAAAUGCUCCACUGUGGGCCGCAAUGUUAAUGACUUGCAUGUGGACAAGGAGAGUAAUGCAGAGUGUAAGACAGACAAUAGGCGAGGACCCGAGGAGGACAUUUCCUCCUCAGACACAACAGACAGCUUGACGGCCGAGGAACAACUAGCGGCAAUGUUAAAGAGAAAUAAACUCCACACAAAGGCCAGAGAGAGGCUGCUGGAGUCUAACAAGUCGGUCAGUAUAGAAAUGGAUGGGGAUAAUCUGGUUGUUGUUACAGAGGAGAUUGAUAAACCACAGACAGUGAACAUGGACAAGUACAUCACAGAGAAGAACCUGAACAAGAAUGAGAGCAAGUUUGACACCAGCUCCAGUUCCCAGUCCACAGAUGCUGAGGGAAUAAGUCUUAGUUCAGACUCGACUCAUCCCAGUCCAUCAGGUGCUCAUUACAACCGAAUGAUCGACGAACUCAGAGAGGGCGUCUCGGUCCAAGACAAUGGCUCGAGUACGUGCGAUAGCUCAGACACUGUAACAGAAGUGACUGCUAAACCUACCACGCGGACUGGUGUUCCCAAAGAUUUGAAUCUGAACACCAAUGCUGGUAGUGAUGGAUAUUACUCUGUUCCAUCACUGACAACUCCGGAUAUUUCCGUCACAAGGUGCAGACAGUCCUCUUCUUCCUCUUCCUUGACCUCGGGGCCAGACUCAGUGCCCCCCAGCGAUGAUGAAUCCCCUCCUCUUUCCCCUACGUGGAACAAGUCCCCCGACUCCCCGAGCAGUGACAGCUCUGCCCCGGUCACCCACAAUCUGACAUUUCCUCACAACUCAGUGUCCUACUCAACUGGUUCACAGGAAAGGAAGAGCGCCAAGGACCAGAUGUGUGGGGUCUUCUCGGUGGAUCUGGGUCAGAUGAGGUCGCUGAGACUGUUUUAUUCCGACCCCUUCUGCACGAAGGGACAGGUUGUGAUAGCCAGCAGGGAGAGCCAGUACAAGAUUCUACACUUCCACCACGGGGGACUGGACAAGCUGGCCGAGAUCUUCGAGGACUGGAAUCUAUUUGCCAAGAUGAAGGACAAGCAAAACAAGGAGAGUGAGGGCCAGUACAAACAGUUCCUGAUUGUCCGACCUCAGGUGACCGAUGAACAGUGUCAUCCGGAGGAAGGCAUCUAUAACAUGGUCAACGAGGAGGAGUGGAAGAUCCACAUGACCAGUGAUGGAAGAAUAGAGGAAGACUACCAGCUCAGAAAGCAUAUAUUCUUUGGGGGACUGGACCCCCACCUGAGACACGAGACCUGGCCAUUCCUGCUUCAUUAUUAUCCCUGGGACUCCACAUUUGAGGAGAGGGAGGCCAUCAGAAAUGACCGCUACAUACAGUACCAGGACAUCAGGAAAAUGAGGGAAGACAUGACUCCUCAAGAGAAGGAACAGUUCUGGAGAAAGAUCCAGUCUACAGUGGAGAAAGAUGUGGUCAGAACGGACCGGAGUCACCCAUACUUCAGGGGGGAGGAGAAUCCCAAUAUAGAGGUCCUACAAAACAUUUUGUUGAAUUAUGCGGUGGCCAAUCCAACGAUGGGGUACACACAGGGGAUGUCGGACCUGCUGGCCCCCGUUUUAGCAGAGAUUCAGAACGAGGCCGACGCUUACUGGUGUUUUACUGGGCUGAUGCAGGGAACCAUAUUUGUCAGUUCACCUAGAGACAGCGACAUGGACAAGCAAUUGGAUUACUUAAGGGAGUUACUCAGACUGAUGCAGAAUGAUUUCUACAUGCACCUGAAUCGCCUGGGAGAGGAUGCACUGGAACUGUUGUUCUGUCACAGGUGGAUAUUGCUGUGCUUCAAGAGGGAAUUCCCUGAGACAGAUGCGCUGAAGAUCUGGGAGUCAUGCUGGUCUCACUACCAGACCGAUUACUUCCACCUCUUUAUCUGUGUGGCCAUUGUCAGUAUCUAUGGCGACGACGUGAUUGACCAGGGCCUGCCCUCUGAUGAAAUACUCUUACACUUCAGCAGUCUUGCCAUGCAUAUGAAUGGGCAGCUUGUUCUCCGAAAAGCAAGAGGACUUCUACAUCACUACAGAAAACUACCCAGAAUUCCUUGCACCUUGCAUGGGCUGUGCUCCCUUUGUGGACCAGGGAUGUGGGAUAGUGGGCACGUGCCCAUUGUGGAGUGUGUGGGCAACCACAAAAAUGACAUGUGUCCGUACAACAGUAACCCUGGGUCCCCUGUACAUCCUCCCAACUGAUCCAAGAAAUUCCAUCUAUAGCAGCCAUGACAACUAUAUCAUUAAGAUCUGGUCAAAAGGACUGGUACAAUAUACAGUGUAUAUCAUAAGGACACCAUUAAUUUAGAAACAUUUGUUAAAAGUAAAUACAGUGUAGAACUUAAGAAGAUGAAAGCAGCAUAUAUGAUAAUCAGAUUAUCCAAUCGUGUAUGUAGCAUGGUAUAUUAUGAUAUGAAAGUCAUGAUCAUUUUCAAACUAUACAAUAGAUUUCAUGUUUGUUACAAAGUGGUAACUAAGGUGAUCAUCUUGUAUUUGAUGCUUAGCAUAAAAUAUUUAGGCUACGAAUAUCUAUCUACGUAGUGGCUAGGUUAGCGUACUGUUCCUCUAUGUAGCUGUACAUAGCAGGUAUGAUCUUGAACGCAGCCCUGGUGAUUUUGUGUACAUGUUAUUAUUUAGGGAUUCUCAUGCAUGCUUGUAGUACAAUGUAUUUUACAUCUGUAACAAAAAAACACAAAAUACUUAAUAUAUUUAUUGUUUUGUUGAUGUUACAUAUAUUUGAAAUUUUACUUGAUGUUCUCAGAACUUAUUUAAAAUUGCUUAAAGUAGUGCAAUAUUUGUUAUUUAGUGUCGGUAAUAGAUAUGAUAUACAAUAAGCGUAGUCAGUAAGGGGAGGUAAACAAUGAUCUAGAUCAUUUGUCAUGGAAUAAUUAGGUCAUUUUGGGGGAAUUAUAGAUGAAUUUGUUGGUGCUGUUUGAACCUCAUUUGGAAACAAUAUAAUCGGGUCACUUUGAUGACAAGAUACACCAUAUUGGUCAUGAGACUCGUAAGUAUAGGGUUUGGAUCAAUAUGUAUAGUGUACAUGUAUAUAGAGAAAUGCUGUAAUCAGGUUGUGUGAUACAUGUGGUUAUUUGGUAUUUGAAAGCUAUUGUGAAAAGAAAUUCUUUUACCUUAGAACGUGUUUAAAUUUUAAAAAGAAAAAACAUGUCUGGAAAAUGAAGGUUGCAUUUAAUAUGGUAAGGGUAGGAUGUAUCAAGGUGAUUUGAAUUUGUAGAAUUUACAUUGUGUCAGUUUAUAUGUUUCUUCAUUAAUCAAGAUUCAGUAUUAUACAGAAUCAAAGAAAAGGGCCAGUUCUAGGGGCAUUCUCAAGCAAUUUUUGGUUGAAAGAAAAAAACAUUAUGUAGAAUUAUAUCGUUUAAUGAGGUCUUGUAUGAAUUUGUUUAAGCCAAGUUUCUGUGAAACUCUUAAUCUUAACGAAAUCCAGUCAAUUUGAACUUUAAUUAGAGCUCAAUGUGUUUUCUGUUUUCUCAGUGCUUUUUGUCUUUUUCAGGAUCAUUUUUAUUGACCCAAUCAUGCUAUACAUUUAUUUAUAUUACCAAUGAUAAAUUAAUUGUUUACAGAUGGUUUCCAAACUUGAGACAGUAUAUUCUUUAACUGUUCUUUUUGUAAUAUUCAUAUGUACAGUAUUUAAUAGCUUUAUUAAUUUACAUCUAGUUUACAGUUUGAUUGCAUUUACAUGAACAGAAAAGCUAGGCUAUUAACUGUUGGCUUCUGUGAUUUACUUUACAUUUUAUUUCAUUUACUUUUGGUGAUAAUUUUUAGCAAAGACACUAAAUUCAUAAGUCUUUGUUAAAUCUUUGUUUUGAAUCUUGUCUUGUUUCUGUCUUUGAUCUUUACUAUCUUUGAUGUACGAUACAUUUAAUUGAACUGUGUAGUAAUGUAUACCAAAAUGUGAAUCUCGUGCUAUCUAUAUUGCCAUUUUUUUGGGGUAGAUGCAUUUAUUGGACACAAUUUCUGAUAUUUAUUUUUCGAGAUUUUGUGACAAAAGUCUAGGCAUUGAGAUGUAGCCAUUUUCCUACAUUCCAGCAAUUUUUGUGCAAUGGUUUUACAGUGUGUGUAUUGUAUUUUAUUAUUUCUUUUGUGUUCAUUUGUUACCUCACUUUGAUGAUAAUUUAGUCAAGAGGUGCCACUCUUUGAUAUUAUAUAAAAACACAAAAAGGUUGUAUAAAGUUAUGUCAUGUGAUUAUUACUCGAACCUACAAAAUUGAUAUACUAUAUGAUUUUUUUUUGGGGGGGGGGGGGGGGGGUUGAAAUUUUGGAAAAUUUAUAUUCUUUUCAAAUCCUGCUCCUCCAUUUGUCCGGGUCUAGUUAAACUAAUCAAUUUUAUAGUCAUCACUUUUAUUUCAUGUUGCAGUUUCACAAGUCAAGGGAGAUUAUCAUCAAUAACUUAGAAGACUGCAGAUUAUUAAUUUUUAUAGUUUGUGAAUCAAAUCUUGUACAUUCUCAUGAAAUUUUGAAUAGGCAUUCUCCGUAUUCCAACUAACCCUUAAAUGAGAUUUUAAUUAAUUUAGUAUACGUGACAGCCUUUUCCAUGUAGUAAAUCUACUGACCCAUAUGAACUGCUGUGUAAUGUGUCUCAUUGUAGGAUCAUGAAUAUAAAAUCAGUUUUGUUGUUGUUGUUGUCCUGAGCUUGAUCUUUAUCAUUAUCUACAAACACAUUGUAUGUGAUUUAUUUCAGAAAUAAAUCAUUAACAUUAA